AUAUAUUGGGGGAAUUGACUGGCGUAAGUUUGUAAAAUUCUUACUUCAUUGCACUCAUUAGAUUUCUUGUUAUUUCUCACCAUUCUUUGCAUGCGUUUGAGUUUCCACUAAUCAUGCACAUGUGUCUUUUUAUUAUAAACAAAGUGUUACUUCUAAAAUUAAGUGGUCUCUAUGUACAGAAGGUUUAACUAUUUCAUGCCUUUUAUUCACUUCUCUAUCUUAAUUUGAUUUCUGUUUUUCUUUCUAUGAUUUCGUCUUUUGGUUAUAGGUAAAAUGAAAUGCUCUGAAGGAUGUAGAACUUCUAUAUUUUCUAACGUUACAGUGUCGUUUUUUAGAAUGAAUUAAUUUGUUAAACGAAUAUUACUUCUAGUUUUCUAGUUUCAGUAUUCAUUAAUUUGACAGUAUAUCUGAUGCAUAAGCAUGGAUGUUUUUCAUUGGGAAAUCAGUAUCCGUGGGCGAACAAUGUAGUUUUUGUGAGUGAUAUGAGACAGACUUAAUAUCUCUUUUAUCAGAAAAGAAAACAAAUUACUACAGGAAAUAGCAUUGUGUGUUUACUCGUUGGUUUUAGAUCUAGUUACUAAUUGCUGUACUCACAGAGGGCAAAUAUGAGAAAGAUAAAAAUAUACAGUUUAUGGUGUUGUUUUUACAGUAACAUUUAUUCAUCGCUUUCUAAUAUCUUUUAGUUUUUCUGUGACCAUCAUGUAUUUGUGUUUUUGACAAACCCAUGCUUCAAUAAAUCGUUAGAAAAGAUACCUUAAUAUACUUUCUCGAUUUGCUCAAGUGCACGACGUAUACAAUGUAUUUAGACAGAGUUUGUCUGAGAUGGCUAAUUUGACAGUUAGUUUUUAUCAUGGACUAAAACCGAUGGGAGAACCUCUGGAGAGGCGAGUCUUUGGUAUGACCUGGCCUAUUGUCCUGAGUGUGUAUUUACUUUAGAAGCACCAGUUAGGAUGAAAUAGCCGUCUAGUGCUCUCUGGUUUUUAUUAGUUAUUGCCAGUCUUUGGUUCAAACAUAACGUACUUUAGAUGAUAUAGCGUUGUUAACUUAUACGUUUGAAGCACUAGAAGUUAUAGUUUUUAGCUUCGUUUUUGGCAUACUUGUCAUUCAGUUUGAAAUGUACUGUACACUGUAAUAGGUUAGUAAAUCACGUGGUCUAUGUACUGAGUCAGAAGGUCACUUUGGAUUUUGUCAAGUGACGUCGCUUCUGGGGCAAGUAAGAUUUCUUUGCACCUAUCACGUAGCGAGUAUACUGUGCAGUAGUUCCUUUUGUAUUACUUUGUAAUUGUAAAACAUAACCUUUAAAAGAGAUUAAAGUACUUUGGUUAGAAGUUUUUUUCAGAAAAUUGCUGGCUUGUGAGGAAAUCACUGGAUGGGGAAUGCCAGUGUUAUGAGUUUAGUACCAAAUAAAUUUCGGUUUUUAAUUUAUAAGGUUAUUAAUCUCGACCUACUUGAUUGGUUGUAAGAUUUUUUACUCUUUCAUUAAUACCGAUUACCUCCAAAAGUUAUGACGACUAGUAAAGAGGUAAAUUGAAAAGGAUUAACAACGGUUAGACCAGUGGUAUAGUAUACGUCCGUAUAGUCAUUUACUGUUGCUUUAGGUCACAUUAAUAGGUACAAGUGCCUUGCUUGUAUAAUAGAAAAUAAUAGUAAUAGUUUUGUCCGAACUCAGCUACUAUGGAACGAGUGGGUUUUUUCCUUAACUUCUGGAACAUACUAUUGGUCCAUAAUUUUCGCUCUUCAAUUUAAUUUGUUUCUUUUACAUGUCUCUUUUCUUUUCUACUACUACCUUCUGUAAUAUUUCCAUCCUUUUGUUUUCCCUCUUCCUAUGGUGAUAUAAAAUGUAACGAUUUGAGCUUAUAUGAAUUCGUACAAAGUCCUUUUUUUCAUGCUCAUCUUUUCCUGAUGUAACUUGUUGCUUUUUAUUCUGACUAGAAAGCGUUUGUUAUUCAAGCUACCACAUACAUUUUUCCUAGAAAUUAGUACAGUCUUUUAUCCUACUUUUAUCCAUUCUGUCGUUUUAGUCCAUGUUGUACAUGUGAUCAUGGUUACUGAUUAAUGAAGUGAUAUUUACUUAUCUUGCUUUCUGCACAUUUUCUAAUAUGAAAAUGUUUUACCUUGUAAAUGGACUAUAUUCGCGGACAAAGAACACCAAGCAUAAAGUACUGUAUAUUGCACGCAUUCAGUUGUUGAACCUUAUUUAUCGAUUAUGGAUAUCAUAAAUGAUGUUGAGUAAUUUGAGUACUGUAUGACUCACUUCAAUCACAGACUGAAACACUUUCAAGCUUACGUGGAAAUACACUGUACUGAAUCCAUCCACGAUGUUAUGAAGUUGGUUUUUAUUCAAAUCAGACGUUGUUAUGAUGUACAGAAGUGUCAGACUGACACUGUCCAAAGUUUAUUUCAAAUAAUUUUGAUUUCAGAAAAAUACAGAAACACUUAAAUUACUAACUAUAAUAUAAUUUAAUAAUAUGACUUAAUUCUUUCAUGAAAAUAAGCAGUUAAUUUGGGCAAUUCAGUAUUGUUUGAAUGUACGAAGUUAGCUGAACUCGUUUCUUGUCAGUCUUCAUGUACAUAGAUUGUUUUACAGUUUCAGUAUGACUAAAAAUGGAUGCUUAGACGAAUAUCUAUUGGUCAUUAACAUUUUGACUAAACUGAAGAUUCUUGCUCAUCAAAUUAUGGUAUAUGGAUACUUCGGUUCGGGAUACUGUGUAGUGUCAUUAGCCCUUACUCCUAAAGUGUAGCUCAUACCUAAGAACCUGGUGAAUAAGUUAAUCUUUAUUUUCUUAUAUAUGUAUGGGACUCACCAUGUACUUAACAGAGAUGCUUCAUGUAAAUAAUGUGUUAUUAUAAAUCUGUAGUUAGGGUGUUCAGUUUUAUAUAUAUGAGCAACUUGUAUGGAUUAACACCAGUGACUUAAAGAGAUUAGAUGUAAACAUUUAAUAAUGAAAUAUUCGUUGAUUAUUUUCAAUCUAGUUGAUAUAUCGUCAUUUUAUUUUGGAAUAUUGGGAUUAAGUGAAGGUUUAUGCUGUUCAAUUUCAUCUUACCCGAAUAGUUAGCUUGAUAUAAUGGUAACUGGUUUGCCUUACUUUAGUCUUUCAAUUUUGCGAUACAUAAUUCUUAUCACUUGUACUAACAAUGGUAAUAAUAGUAAUAAUAAUGAAAAUAACAAUAAUUUUCUCUCCAUCAAUAAAUAUUUCAUGAAAUUCUGAACUUAUAGUCUUUUUCUUCACAGUGUUAGAAUAUUGUGACGCAUACUUUUAUUUUCUUAUUGUUAUUCAAUACUCUGAAUAAAAAAGAUUCAUUAUAUACUUUUAGUUAGGUGUUUACUGUUGUAUUCCUAAACCUAUAAAUCCAUGAUACUAUAUUACUUAUUAAUAGGUGGGGAGAAAAUCAACAGCACAAACUAAAUAUUAAAAUGCUUUCAAAUAAUUAGGUAUAGAAAAAUAAAUCUUUCAAUAUUUAUAUUAAGUGAGAUAUUAGACUAUAACUAAUGAUUAGAAUGGCCGGGGAUUUCGAUCGUCUCAGUUUGUAAAAUAAAUCCAAAAGUAUUCAUAUAAUAAGUCCAGGAAAACAAGUUAAUAACUGAACUCUUGAUGUCCUAUGACUCAUGUUUACUCAAUGGAAAAUCGAGAAUAACGUACGCUAAAGAACUGGUGAACCUGGAAACAUAACUGAGAGUUCAUGACCUUUUCACUCUUUGCUCUGUGUUGACUAAAAGGGGCGGUCAGGCUUUUAAUAUAAAGUGAAGUAGAUCAGAAUCAGCCAAACCUUGCCAUUUUGUUUAUCCACAGUUUUAUUCUGGUUUUCGUGUUCUUUCUAAAUUGCUUAGUGUUGUCAUUGGUAUAUUUUCUCUUUGCUGCUUUUGUGAGUUGAUCAGUGUCCCGAAUUUAACUGUCCCUUACGUUCUGCUAAACAUGAAACAAGUAUAUGGACAAGUGAAGGUUAUUGUCUAGUCACAAGUAAUCUAAAAUGUAAAAUAAUGAUGGGUUGUAAUGCUAAAUGUAAAAAGACCUUGACUGGCUAUUCAUGACGUGUUCUCACGCCAAUAAAUCGUUCAACUUUGUUACUUCUUGAUAACAUGCGUUUUAUGUUAUCAUAUUUUUACACUAAUUUCUUUCAGUGGGUCAUGUUAAUUUGUUUGUAUGUACGGUAAGAUAGUAUUAUUUAUGACUCCGGUAUCUGUUACUGACGGUUUAAUGAUGAAAAUUCUUGGGACCUUUAAAACUAUAAGUGGUUACGAGAUCAAAUUUUUGACCCAUUUUCCUAAAUUAACUUAUAUACAAAAACAAGAAAAUCAUCAAAAUAGGUUUUUCUGAAAUGGAAAAAUGAUAUUUUUAGAUAUUGGAAAUUUCAAACAUAAAAAAAUAUGCAUGAUUAUGUUGCUUAGCAAAUAAGCGAUUAGGGGACAUGUAUUUUUGUAGAUCGAUCACUCCCUAAUGUAAGUAACUCUUAAUCGUCGUAUUAGUUUCUCAUUAUUCAACCAGAUUUUUAGUCUUUUCCGAUCUAAAUAUCUGAUCUUCUAUCUAAGGUAUAAUCAACUGGUUACAUCUUUUAAGAAAGGUGGUUCAAUAGUUAAGACGUUGAACUUUCAUCUACUAAGUUUCAAAUUCAAAACUCGCUCCAUCUACUUCGGUUCGGUCAUGCAGAUAGAUUUGCUAUUCCUCAUGCUUAGAGUGUAGUUUUAAGUUAGGUACAUUAAUCUGUGGCUGGUAAAUCAUUAAAUAAUACAUAUACUCUUUUAAAAGUAACUUUUACGACUGAUAUCCAGUAAUCAGGUCUUUAUUCAUAUGAUGAUUACUAUAAAAGGAAAUGAGAAUAAAGGAUAAAAGGUAUUGUAUACUGUGGUAUUCUUUUUUUGUAACCGUAAACUUUCUAUCGUAUUUAUAUUAGGUUAAGGAUAUUUGCAAUAAUGAUAGCUUGAGUAAUUCCAAGUUGUAUAAAAUUGCUUUUUUAAGCUGUUUAGACUCAUAAUACUUUCUUGGGUUAUUAUUUGCCCCACUGAUUUGGUUUUUUGUUUACUUUUGAACCAGUUUUGGUGUUUUGUUAUAAAUACGUUUGUUCAUAUGCGCUUUAUUUUUUGCAUAUAUUUAUUUUUUUCAGACCUACGCAGUCAAUUUACAGAACAGCUGAAAUGUUUAGAUCUUAAAUUAGAUAUUGAUUCUACUGUAGUCGCUGAACUGCAGGAUUUUUAUCGUCGACGAGCUAGUGUAGAACAGGAUUAUGCCGAUGCUUUAGCUAAACUUGCCAAUGGGUUAAAACAACGUCAUGUGAAUGAAACAACAAAGUAAGUUUUUUUCAUUUAUUGAUAUGUAUCGUUGAUUGUUUCAUUUAUGCUUGAUGGUUUCCCACUGAGAAUUCUGAUGAUGGCUUUGUUUCAUUACAAGGUCAAUAGUAUAUUGAUAGACACUUCUUUUUUUGUGUAUUCAAGUCAUAGAAUGUCCUAGUCACUUUCGUCUUCUUGUGAAGUUUGUUAAGAAUUUAUUCUUCUAAAAAGAAACUGUUAUUAUUGAAACAGUUUAUUGUUGCAAUAUACUACGAUUGUUUUAGCGCAUUGUUGUAUUUUAUAAACAACUCUAUCAUUCCGCAAUUUCAUUAUCAUAGUCGACUUUGUUGUGUCUUAAUCUUUAGGGAAUUCGUUGUCUGAUUAUGUGUGUAUGAAUUUGAAUGUGUAUCGAAUGUGUGGAUACGCUCCUUGAUGAGUGUGGUUUGGUAAUCACAUUCUGACUUAAAUGUUGGGCUUUAAUUCAUACAGUGCUUGUUAAUUCGUUUUACUGUAUGUAUGUGUACACAUUGUGUUACGUAAAGCAGACUUUUGACUUAGUGAUAAAAGUUCCUCCAAACUUGUUAUCGAAUAUUCGUCAGUAUUUAAUCCAUACCACUGGAAAAAAGUAGCUUGUACUUAUUUCGGGGUUAAAUUAUGACAAUGAGCAACGUCGCUAUAAAUUUAUUGAAACGGUAACAUAAUUGGUAUGAUAUGAAAUGAUUGAUUUUGAGAGUUUUGCGUGUUCGCAUUCACGAACUUCAUAAUGAACGUAAUAAACGCUAGUUAAUUAUCACUUACUUAUCAUACAUCUGUAGUAAUUUUCUACUUCAUAUGUGGUUUGUAUUCUUUCAGUAUUUCAUGUGACUUAAUCAGGUUUCCUCAAUUCAUUUAUGUAUUAUGGGAAUAUUUAAUCAAUUCAGCUUUGUCACAGUAUAUUACAUGCUAUAUUUUUGCAACAUUAAACAAGUAAUAUGGUAAUUUUAAAAUGUAUUUUUGUUUGUUAUCAAAGUUUCGCCGUUUAGCAUUAUUCGGUGAUAUUAAAUAUCAUAUUUCCCCCUGUGAUUAUUACCAUAGAAAGAUUGUUAAUUCACUGUAUUGAUCUUCAGUAAAUAUUAAAUGGUGAAAAGGUAUUUAUGUGUUGAAAAGUGUGUACUGUACCACUGUAUAAAUGUCAAUUCAUUUAACAUUAAUAAUAAUAAUAACAACAAUAAUGGAGUUCUAAAUUUUAGGAAAGUCGGUGACAGAACACUGACGCCCUCAUUGGGCGCCUUAUACAGCAACUACCAUAUGGAAUACAUUACUUGGUUCAACAUUACAUCUAGCUGAAGCUCAUGCAACCUUAUCUGAUAUUUUCUCGAAACAAAUGGUUCAACGUUUAGCUGAUAUGGAUGAAGAUGCUGUUCGUUUGCACAAACAGUGUCGUGAAAUGAUGUCCUCAUGUCAAGAUCGUGUUUUAGCCAAUACUACUAAACUCCAGGCCGAUCAACGUGAAUAUGCACAUAGGCAAGCUGCAGCAUUAGAAGCCGAUCGAAUUCGUCGUCGUGCUGAAGAUAAACUGUUAGCUGCUAAUCAAAAAGCCCGUAGUAAAGGCAAAGAUCCUGAUAAUAGUCAACGGUCUAUGCGAGCUCAAAACGAAUUCGACUUGAAACAAGCGAAUUAUAUCAAUGCAACUUUAUCAACAACUCGUGCACGAAAUGAAUAUUUAAUACAGUUGGCUGCUACUAAUCACAGUGUUCAACGUUAUUUCACUCAAGAGGCGCCGGAUAUAGUUGAGUGCUUGUUUUGUGGUUUCCAUAAUAGUCUGGCGCGUUCAGCAAUGAUGCAUUUAAGUUGUGAAGAAACAUUGAAAUCAUGUCAUGGUUCAAUUGUUGAAAUGUUAAACAGAAAUAUUACAGCACUUGAUUUACGACAAGAUAAAGCAUGCUUUUUUAAACGUAACGAACAAGUGUAUACACGUCCGGGUUAUUUUAAAUUUAUGCCAUCCAAAGAAGAUAUUGAAGAUCAUAUUCGUCCAGACGGUCCAUUGUAUGAUGAACUUCAAACAACAGCUAGUCAACUUACGGCUAGUAUCGAAGCACUCCGGGUAUCGACAGAUGAAACUUGGAAGACACUAGAAGAGGUUGAAAAGAAGUUAUUGGAAUUAAUUAAUCAGAAAGACUAUGAUGUCUCACGGUUGUUUUGCAUUGAAAAACCUCGUUCAAGACGUUCACUUGUCGGUGUUGGUGGUGGUGCUUCAACUGGUGUGUCGAAUAACUUGACAACUUCUAACCCUUUAGGAAGUAGUAUGGGUAGUAUUGGAACUGGUUCCAUUAAUUCAUCUUCAUCUUCUUCACCUGUUACAAUUAAUGCUACAAAUGUACAUUCUAAUCAACAGAUAUCCACAAGUGGCCGGAGUACAAGCCCUGGUUUGUUGCCUAGUUCAACGGCUAUCGUGAAUCAAGACAGUAGUUUACAGGAUAAUUCUAAUAUAUCAACUGUUUCACAGACUAAUCAUUCAGGUUCAACUACAUUUGGUGGGAACGAUCCAACUCAAGCUGGUUUAUAUCUUCGUCUCAGGUCAUUAUUUCGUGAUUCUAGAAUUGAACAAGAGAAGUUUUAUUUAGAUAGAUUUGCACACUAUACCCAAGAAAUGCAUCUUUGUCAAUUAAUGCAAGUGAAACUUGCACAAAUUCAAAAUGCACUAGAUUCUUCACAACCAAAUUCACACGAAACAAUGCCUCAAACAUCUCCAUCUUCUCAACACAUGAAAUCUAUGCUUCGACAUGGUAUACCUGUUUUACCAAAACUACCUGGAUAUAAUAAAGAGCUUACAAAAAAUCUCAAAUCUCCAUCUUCACCAACUUCUAGUUAUUUGAAAAUCGAUAGUGGUUUCUCAUCAUCACCACCUCCACCUCCACCACCUGCUCCUACUUUUACUUCACAAAGUUUUCAUCAAGAUUUACUUAAUUCACCUAUUCUUUCAUCAUCAUCUCAUUGUGAUGUAACAUCAACACCUGUAUCAAGUCCUUCAUUUUCCAGUCAUACUGUAAGUCCUGGAAGUCAGUCUGUUCUAGUCAGUAAGCAUCAAGCACGUCGUGUCCUUCGUGUACCAAAUGUUGGUAAACCAAAACUGUUUGGUGGUACCAUAGAUGAAUAUGUAGAAGCUACUAAGCAACCGAUCCCUCGCAUUGUAUUAUCUUGCAUACGUGUUAUUAAUGAAUAUGGAAUGCAUCAACAAGGUGUAUUUCGUGUGUCUGGUAGUCAGGCGGAAAUUAAUGACUUUAAAGAUGCUUUUGAAAAUGGAGAUGACCCUCUGAUUGGUGUUCAUGAGGCAAGAGAUAUAAAUUCAACUGCUAGUCUGUUAAAAUUAUAUUUUCGUGAACUAGGCGAACCUCCAUUUCCAGAUACCAUUUUCUUAGAACUUAUAGACAUAACACGUAAACACCAGGAAAUCAGUGAAAUGAUUCGACGCUUACGUCAUGUGAUCACAGAAAAUUUGAGCAGACCAGUUUUUGUAGUAAUGAGAUAUUUGUUCGCAUUUUUAAAUCACGUAUCUGAAUAUUCUAGUGAGAAUAUGAUGGAUGCAUACAAUUUGGCUAUUUGUUUCGGUCCAACAUUAAUCCCUAUACCAAGUGAAUAUAAUCAAUUACAUUGUCAAUCAAGUGUUAUUGAUUUAAUCAAACUACUCAUUAUACAUCAUUUAGUAAUCUUCGAUCAUAUGCUUCCUGGACCUGUGUAUACCAAGAAUAAGUAUAAUAUUAGCAAUAAUAAAACUACAAAUCAUAAAUCUGUGACCAGUUUAGAUUCACAUCGUUUAUCACUUUCGUCAAAUAAUGCUAUCGAAAUAGGUACAGAUAAACAACAUGUUAAGGAUGAUAGUAGUAAUUCAUGUAAACAAAACUUACAUGAUACAUGCCAAUUUUCAGUGGGACUAAAUAUUAAACACCAGUCAUCUACAUAUUUGGAUCAUGUACAAAGUAAUGAUAAUAAUAAUAAUAUUUCAUCCACGGAAUGUGUUAAAGCAUCAAGUGUUGGCAAUCUAAUUGACAAUGAGACAUUAUCUUCGUCUAAGCGAAACGAAGCUGCUGGAGAUGAUGACUACGUGUUUUCUGAAGAUGUCCAAUCCAUAUCUGAUAGUGAAGAUUCUGAACCAGCGUACACCUUAGCUGUUGCUCGAGCAGAUUUUACUGGAUCAAGUGAACGUGAAUUAUCAUUUAAUCAAGGUGAUGAGAUUUUUCUUUAUCGUCAGUUAAGUCAACAUUGGUGGGAAGGACAGUUAGCUUCAGAUUUGAGUUGUAAACGUGGCUUAAUACCACAUUUAUAUGUUGUACCCAAAGCUGCUCUACUACAUCUUGCAGCAUGUGAAGAUGAUAAUCACAGUAAUGAAAACCAACUGUUAAAUGAGAUGACCAUUGAUCUUUCUAAAAAGAGUGGAUGUACAGCAAUUGAUGGAAGUUUAACUAAUUUAGAUCAUGUUGAUGCCGAUAAUAAUAAUAAUGAUGAUGAUAAUAAAAGUGUAACAGAAAAUGGUAGUGUACUCAGUUGGAAUUGUCCUUCUGAAAGUUCAAACGAAAAUAUUCUUUCUGAUACUAAUGAUAAUAAAGUACAUCAAUUAUCACAAUCUGAAACUCCAAUUUCAAAAACUGACAAAUCGAAUCAAUUAGAAACUAUAACUGUGUCUAAAACUAUUCGCGACACUUCUAUUCUCAAAGGGACUUCUUCAAUGAUUGAGAUUUUUGAUAAAGGUGUAAAACCGACUAGUUCUAAGGAAAGUUCAAAUACUACUUCAGAAUCUCCCGAAUCUAAAGAUAAGAAGUCUUUACAAGAAUUUGGUUAUUCAGAUAAACUUGUGAUGCACCGGUUUAAUAAUCGUUAUACUAUUAGUUAUCCAGCCUUUGGACCUUUAGGUUCUGUUCCUGAAAAUGAAGUUAUAUCACCUAGUGAAUUAACUCCAUCAUCUCCUGUGUAUAGUUUAAAUGAAGCGAAUAAUCGGUGCCAGUCUGUAGGCGAAGGAAGCUCUCGAUUUUUAUUUAAUUCCGACGUUGAUACAGCCUUAGAAGAAGUUAUGCGUGGUUUAGCUUCUUUGGAACAAGCAGAUAACCGUAAUAGUGAUUCUAGAACGCUAGAACGCAACCAAGAACUGACUCGUAAGCUUUGCUUACCUAGCGCGAAACAUGCCCCAGAUUUAGUCAUGGAUCUUCCUAUUUCAACAGAUUCUAAAGUGCAAAAAUAUACACCGUCUCCCAGUUACACUCAUGAAGAGUCGGCUAACAGCUUUGCUGAACAUUUCGCCGAACAAACUUUGAAUACAAUGCGAAAGCGCUCUGAAACACAAUCAUCACCACAAACGUCAGUAACUUCAAACCGAUGUCCCGCCAGUGACGGUAGUAACUCAAGCUAUGGAGAACUUGGCAAAGUUAUUCUACGAAGUAGAUCCAAUCAUACAGUUCAAUCGGUAGAAGUUCCUAAAAGCUUACCCCGUUUGAAUAGAGCAAGUUCUGAAGAAAAAAAACAUGAAAUACCACAAACUGCCGAUGAAAAACCGACUAGUGAACCGAAACUUUCAAUCGCUGCUCGAGUAGCAGCUUUCGAAGCAACUAAAUCUGAUUCAUGUGGUUCUUCCAUAAACGUUGCUCCAAAAUUAGCUCCUAAACCUAAAAGAAGUUAAUUUUGUUGUUGUUUUUACGUAUUUCUUGUUUAAUUUAUUGAUUGUGCUCAGCAUUUAUUACUUGUCAGUUUAUUAUUCGAGGUGAUUUCUACAAACAAUAUGAUAAAUUACUUUAAUAACCCUAUAAUCUGAUGAUGAAUUAUACAGGUUUUAUCCGUUGGCAUAUUUUAAUGCCCAGUUAAAGUAUAAAUAUGCGUAAACAAUACAGUGCUUCCUUUCUUUAAGAUAUCCACCAAAUUCUUCAUUAUUCUGCCCGUUUUUCUUCCAAUAAAAUGAUUUCAUUUGAAUUAAUUUUCAUUCUUAAAUUUGGUAAGACCUAACUUUUACAUUGAUCAAAAUGAUUUUAGAAAUAAUGUGUUUUAUACACUGUUAUUAUUUUUAAUUUAAAAAAAAAUAAUACGAGCAGAUACUACGUAUUCGUUUUGAUCUCUCGAUAUACUUUUAUUUCUAUAGUGUGAAAUUCUUUGCGUAUGGUUGGUGUCUUUUGAUAUCUUUCAUAGUAAUAAUAAAUAAUAAACAGAUGUGUCAUACGUAAUCCUAUGACCAGAUCUUAAUACUUUAUUUCGAAGUGUAAAUGCAUUACUAAUAUUUUUUAUCUUAUCGUGUAACCGGAUUUCAAUUUCCUUCUUUACCGUACAUGUUUUCUGUUUUUUACUCUCACGGAUUGUUUUCUUCAUUUAUCCUACUUUUAAAGGUGUACACAUAAUAUUUAUAUAUGUACCACGUGGCUCAAUAUCUAGUUUUAUUGUAACUUUUGUUGUUUUUGCAUCUGCAACUUUUAUUUUUCGUGCUAACCUUUUUACCUAUUAUGGUGAUCCCUAGUUGUUAGCUUUUAAUGUAAUUUUUAAAGGUUAAUGUGACACUGGUUAAAAUAGGGGUACUGUCAAGUUCUAUUUGUUGUUGACAAAAGACUGCUCCUACCAAUUGUAAACAUUCAUAUGCAUAUGCGAAUGUGAGAUAUUGUAUUGUUAGUACCUAUCCCGGUAUUCCAAUUUUACUUUGUGUUUAGUCUUAUGCGCGUGUAUGUACACUUAAAUAAGAUUAUCGAUGUACUUCCUUUACAACUAAUUCUACAUUGAGUGUUAUGAGUUGUUAUGCAAACAUUUUAUGCAUAUUGACUCAGUUGGUUUUAUAUUAUUUUUGCUUAUAAUUGAAUGUGAAGACAAAAAGGAUUUUCAGGAAUCAAAUAACUGUCCACUUAUUAAUUGUGUGGUGUUAGUAGUGAAAAUAAGCGUUUAAGUCUUUGUCUCUUUAGUUUAAAAUAGAUUAUCUGGAAUCCUUGAUGGA